AUGUAUGCCCUAGUCUAUGUAGACGAUAUUUUGCAGACUAGCUCUUCUUCCAAAUUUGUUCAUGAUCUCAUACAAAAGCUACAUGAUAAGUUUACUUUAAAACACUUAGGAAAAUCAGCUUACUUCCUAGGCAUUGAAGUCUUGUAUCAACCAAAUGGGUCCUUAUUACUCAAUCAGUCCAAGCAUGUUCAUGAUCUCCUUAUUAAAGCCCACAUGCCAACUACAAAAGGAGUGCAUACUCCUAUGCUGAGAACUUGUAAACUUAAUAGAGAUGGGACUGGUAUAUUUAAAUAUCCAAGCCUGUAUAGAUCUAUUGUUGGAUCCUUGCAGUAUGUCACCUUAACUAGGCCAAAUAUUUAA